AUGAGCAGUCGGCCUAACAUCGAGGUUGAAGAGUUGCGCCGCAAGAUCUUCGAUCUUGAAGUUCUCGUGCAGUCGUUGCAAGACCGCAUCGAGGUCGAUCAGUUCGGUGCGCGAGCCAACUGCGAGGGACCUUCUUGGGCGGAAAGAGAGGACAUAGCUGAGGGCAUCGGCCAGUUCAUCAAGAGGGCGCUACAGGGAGAUUAUCGGGGUAGCUCGGGACGUGAUCGGUUAAAGCUUGCGUCAAAGUACUACCUCAUCUUCCGAGAUCGGGACGGCUUGCACACUUUGAAGGUCAGGAUCGAGACCAGCUUCAAGGCAGUGAAGGGCUGUUGUUUCGCCGAGGGUAAGGUUGCUGAUCAUACGGUGUUUGUGGGAGUCCCCAGCUUGCGAGAAGCGCGAAUCGUGGUUAGGGAGGCCGGCCGACGGCGUUCUACCAACCGGCUUCUCGGAGCUAUGAGCGGUGCGCCUGGCAGUGAAGAAAGCGGUGGAGCUGACGAAGCUGACGGAGAAGCUGUGCAGCUCCAAGAUUUUGCUAUCCAGAUCGGGGAAGAGCUUGGCUUGGAUUGUCCCAUCGGAGUUUUGGCUGUGGGUGACGGAUCGAACUCUCUGACCGCGGCCUUGGUAGGAAUCUCUUUGGAGGGGUCUUUCCGCAAACCCGUGAAGUUUGCCGUGGCGGCAUGCGAGGGAACGGAGAUGCAGGCAAAGGCCGGAAAUCAGACUAUCGUAGUCUGGCUGGGCUACCUGACCGAGUCGUUGGCCGACUUCAGCGACACUCACCGGGCUACGGUGGGCUUCGGCACGGCCGAGAAUCCGAACCUCCCCUUCGCUGCGGCCCUUGUGUGUCCGGCCGAGGACAAGUUCCGUUCCCGACCAGGGGCAAAUGCUUCAACCGUGCUCGGCGGCGAAGACCUUCUGAAAGGGCUGGACCCGGGAGUGGUGGCUUCUGCUAAGGCAUCGGGUAUCAGCACCCAAAGCCUGGCAGAGUUGGCAAAGGUGCUCGCGGGCCCGGGCAAGCUCGAGGACAUGGCUUUGGCCGUGACCCAGCUCACGAAGGUGGUGAAGCAUCUCGCGGCAGAGAAGAAGAAGCCAAAGAACCCAUUGGAGCAGCUGCUGGCCUUGAACACAGCUGUCAGCGAGAACCCGACAUACCUGUACAAGACGAUCGAGCACAACCUUCGGGAAGACUUGGAAGGUCGUACUCUUGGGCCAGGUGCCGGAGACGGGAGCGGCGGCAGCUCGAUACGGGGUUGGCUCGAGCACCGGAGCAAAAUCAACCAGUACGGGACGACCAGAUGGUCUUGGAUACUGGGAGGCGUAUGGCAGAGCCUUAUAGACGGCAAGGUCGAAGAGGCUCGGGCGCGGUGCGCUCUCGGCGUAGCAGCUGCCGAUCAGAGUGCCGUAGACAACUCGUGGAUGACUGAGACCCUUUGGGGCGUUUACCUGAAUCAUAUUAAGGACCUGGAUGCUUUCCAAGAAGCUCGGAGGCGGUUGAGCAACAAGCAAGAAGGGGGUGGAGAUGGCGAGACCAACGGGGGCAAGGGCUCUUGGCAGACGGACGAAAAAAUCGAGAAGCCCGGCAAGGGCCACAAGACCGAGAGACCGGGCCGCAAAGGGAAGGACAAAGGAACCGGAAAGGGGGCGGCGGCCCCAGCCCACGAUGCCUGA